AUGGUAUCAUAUUCUCUUCAGAGGGACAAUAACCGUGAUAAAUAUAAUGGCAGUAAAUUACAAUAUACAGGAGAUUGUGGACUAGUGUACCUCAGAUCUGAGAAGUUAAUUAAGAAUGGGACCGUAGAAAUAGAAUAUUACCCGUCAAAGUAUGUGAUGAAUAACGGGGGUAGUUUUAGCUGGGUACACACUAACGACAAGAAAUCAGAAACGUUGAUAUUGGCUGAUGAAAGUUACAAAGAGAGAUUUGGGCUCAAUAACAAAUAUGUGUUGACAAUAUAUAUGUUCAGUGGUUCUAUGAAUGGAAAAUACAGUGUUUAUUGCGGCCAGAGGUUACUAUACACAAACGAAAUACUGUUAAAAUUACCAGAACAACCAAGUGUACCUGUAUUAGUUGGAUUACGAAGCAUAGAAAAUUGCACUGACUGUAUAGUUGGUGAGGAUAAUGAGAUGUUCAAACUUGAAUGUGAGAUACAUGGUGGCUCCCGUCCUCUAACGGUUACCAUGACAAUAGGAAAUGACUCAUAUAAACCCCAAGAAUGGAAUUCAACAACCUAUAUGGUAUUUUUCACCGUUAGGAACCACCAUCAUAUGAAAAUUGUGAUAUGUUCAGUCAUGAACGAUGCAUUGUCGUCACCUUUAAAUGUUACUGCUAAGAUGUUUGUUAUAAUUAACCCAGAUGGUAGAGAGACGAGCGAUUAUAUGAGUACAACAGCUUAUCCAGGUGGUAUAGAGAAAGGCGAUAAUAUGAGUGCAGCAGCAAACCAAGAUGGUAUAAAGACAGGCGAUAAUAUGAGUACAACAGGCACAACGGAAACAGGUGUAGGUUUAGGAGCUGUACUUGGGUCUGUGAUUGGUGCAUUAGCUGUUGGAAUUCUUAUUGGUGUGAUUUGUACCUAUUUUAUUCUUACUAGAAAAGGAAUUUUAGCAGACUCGAAACCUCAGCAGACAGUUUCUCGUGACAUUGAAUUAACUGGACCACCAACUGCUCUGGAUAUCUACGAGCAACUUCAAAACAGAACAGAUACUGAAAUCAGGGGAACUUAUGAUUCUCUUGAAG